AUGGCGGAGACCCUGUACACCGUGCCCGGGGUGCUGGCCGAGAUCCGCGACAGGCCGACGCGCCGCCGCCUGGCCGCCCUGCCCUGCGAGCUGCGCCUCCGCCGCCCGCGGCCCGACCUCCUGCGCCUCGUGACCGACUUCUCCAAGAAGACCGGUGACUACCCCAGCCUCUCAGCCGCCGACCUGCAGGUGCUCGCCCUCACUUGCCAGCUGCAGGCUGAGACCGACGGCCCCAGCUGCCUCCGCUGGGAGCCCCAGGACAAGGUGCGGCUCAGCUCCACCCCGCAGCACCCCGAGGCCCCCCUGCACCUCGCCGGCUUCCAUCUGCCCGCCAAGCACAAGCGCGCGGGGAAAGGCCAGCAUCAGCCCAGCCCUGAGAGGAGCACAGUCCCAUCCGAGAGCAACGAGUUCGGCUCCUUCCUCUACUGGCGAGCCCCCCUGCCCAGCAUCGAGGAGGAGCUGCAGGAGCUGCUGAAAGCUCAGGCCGUCUCCGUUAGCCCAGAGACCACUGAGGAGCACCAGAACGCUGAGGAUGAGGCCAGUGCUGAGGAAGAGGAGGACGAGGAGGAGAGUGAUGACGAGGGUUGGAUAACACCCAGCAACCUCAAGCAGGUCCAGCAGGACACAGGGCACUGCGACACUGCUCCCAUCGGCGUCCAGGUCGGCUGUGUCACCACUGACUUUGCCAUGCAGAACGUGCUGCUGCAGAUGGGCCUCCACGUGCUGGCGGUGAACGGCAAGCUGAUCCGCCAGGCCAGGAGCUACAUCCUCCGCUGCCACGGCUGCUUCAAGACCACUUCGGACAUGACCAAGGUUUUCUGUCCCCACUGCGGUAACAAGACCCUGAAGAAGGUCGCGGUGAGCGUCAGCGACGACGGGAGCCUCCACAUGCAUUUCUCCCGCAACCCCAAGGUGCUGAACCCCCGAGGGCUCAGGUACCCGCUGCCGGCCCCGAAAGGAGGGAAGCACGCGAACAACCCCCACCUGGUGGAAGACCAGCCCUUCCCGCAGCAGCGGCUGUCCCGCAAGGCCAGGCAGAAGACCAACGUCUUCGACCCCGACUACAUCGCCGGGGUCUCGCCCUUUGCGGAAAACGACAUCUAUAGCCGCGCGGCCAAUCUGCAAAUCCGGGACGCGGCGCUGGGUGCUGGCAGGAGGCGCCUGAACCCCAACGCCGUGACAAAGAAGUUUGUGAAGAGGAGGUGA